GUGUCGUCAUUCAUUUCCCCAAAAAACUAAAAUAAAAAAAUCUAGGCAUCAGGAAAAAGGAGAUUCCACAAGAAUAAAAACAUAUUCUCAAAGCAUCAAAAAUGCCCCAAACCCACAGGGAGAGCCUCUCCCUUUAUUACCACCCCAAACACCAAACCCUAAUUUUUCAAAAUCCACCUAAAUCCCUAAAUGAAGCGUAUCGUCAGAAUCUCAGUCACCGACGCCGAAGCCACCGAUUCCUCCAGCGACGAAGACUCAACAACAACACAACCUCUCCGCCGUGGAAAACGCCUCGUCAAGGAGAUCGUAAUCGACCCUGGAGAUUCCGACAACAAACACGAUGUCUGCUGCAAGACACGGUUCAAGAUCAGGAUCCCUGCUGAGUUUCUCAACGUCGAGACGACAAAUGAGAAAAGGAGGAAGUUUCGUGGCGUUAGGCAGAGGCCGUGGGGGAAAUGGGCGGCUGAGAUUAGAUGUGGACGAGCUUUGAAAGGGAGGCGUGAUCGUCUCUGGCUUGGGACUUUUGAUACUGCGGAAGAAGCUGCUCUUGCUUAUGAUAACGCGGCUGUUCAGUUGAUUGGACCUCACGCGCCUACUAAUUUUAGUUUCCCGGAGGAGAAGCAAGAGGUGAAGAAGGUAGGAUCCACAGUUGCUCAAGGCGCGUGAGUUAGUAACUCUUUUUUUUUAUGUUGUAAUGGCUAUGACUGUUUUUAGUUUAGUUAUGUUUUGUAAAUCAAUUUGUCUUUGUUUGAAUCUCUCUUAUGUUCCUUCCUUAGUUUGUUGUCGUGUCUGUGUAUAUAUCCGUUGAGAUCGACGAUGAGAUCGAAACCGUGGAAUAAAGGUUAGGAAGGUGAGAUUGGUUUUAAUUGGGGUUUAGAUUUUCUUAAUCAAAACCAACCAA